CACUUGGCGAACGAGAGGUCAUUUGUCAAGUUAUCGCCCGGCUAUAAUGGGGUAAACUUGCGCUCAACAUGGUAGAAAUGACUCAAGUUUUAAUGGAAAGGAAAGCAGACUAUAGUCAGGCUCUUGGCAAGGCAACUCAUGGAAUAGUGAAAGAACCAGUUGUUAAAAAUCACAAGCCUCUCCUUAAUGGCGACUUGGAAUUUCUUGGACGACAGAAUCGUUCUUCAUCAGAGUGUUCUUCCGAUUCCAACUUGGAAAUGUUACUGGAAGAAGCAGAUAAAAUACACAGCUCAAAAAAUGGUUUUCGAAAGGACACUCCAGCUAAGAAACAAGUACGUUUUAACAUGGAGAGAAACCAAGAAUACUCCUACAGCUACUCUCAAACUUCAGACGAUGAUACUGACAGCCAUAAUCUUAUGAGCAAUAUUAAUUUUGUGGAUUACGGAUAUGAUGAAAAUGAUAGUAAUGAUGAUGACAAUGAUGACACUGAUGAUGAUGAUGACGACGACGAGGAUGAUGAUGAUGAGGAGGAGGGUGAUGAUCACAAUGAUCCUGAAUCAAGUGAAGAUGAUUCUAAGCCUAACAUUGGAUUUCUUGUCGAUAAGAGUAAUUGCCCGUCAGAAACCAAUAACAAUGGAAAUUAUUCAAGCUCUAGCUUGAAGUCAACCAAGAUUAAUGGAACAACAGACUCACCGUUUGUCAAUGGCAUUAGUAACAAAGUAGGAGAAAAGCUUUUGAAUGGAACAUUUGAGCUUCAUGAUAUCAAGAACAAUAAGCUAAAUGAUGAUACGAGAUUGAUAGGCCUUAAAGCACAGGUUUUUCAGUUGGAGUCAUCUCUUAAAGCAAAACAAGACUCUGUUGAGAAAGAAAUGUCUGAUUUAAACAGCAGAAUGACGGAGGCCAGAGAUGAAAAUAGGCAAGAGAUGGACAAGCUUGAAAAGGAAUUAGAAGCGAGAAGAAGGCAGUACAUGACGGAAAUGGAGGACAUUGAUCGACGAAGAGAGGAAAAAAAGAGAAAAUUUGAAGAGGAACUUGAAGAAUUUAGAAAUGAGAAAAAGCUAGAGGAGAGAAGACAGAGAUAUUAUGAACACGAGUCAGCAAUAUCUCAGAUGGAGAAGGACCUCAAGCAGCGAGCACAGGAAGUUCGAGAUAGGGACAAAGAGAUUCGGGAGUAUGAAGAAUACUUAAAUCGUCGCCAUGCUGUCUGCAACGGCAAAGAAGAAGAUUUAAAUGUUCUUCAAAACGAAUUGGAUACCCUGGCCAAGGAACUAGAGUCCAAAAAGGCAAAGUUAACUGAUAAGCAUCAUCUUGUGCAUCAAAGCUCUGAAGAAAGCAUCGCAGUGUCCACUCCUCCUACGAGAGUCAGGAGCACCAGUCGAGCAAGCGUGUCUGGUAAAGGAGUAGAUUUUAGGAUUGAGGAACUAAAAUCUCAAAAUCGACAACUGCUUGAGGAACUGUUCAGUCUGAAAAAAAGCUGUGAGAAUAAAGACGAUGAACUUAACGUAUUAAAAGAAAAGUUGGAAGCUUCAGAAAAUGAAAACAAACGCCUACAACAGAGAACGAAGCACUUGGAAACACAAUUAGACCUAGCAAGAAAGUCGGCCGAGUUGGGUGCAGACAGUGUCUCGGUGGACGAGAUAAUGCGGAAGACCACACAAGACAUGCGCAGCGCGCGGAAUUCCCGGAUUAUCCGCCCUUCUCGAUCAGUAGCUCCGGCCCCGGGGUCGUCAACUUCAACAUCCGCGGGUGUAAAGCCCCGCCGGUUUUCUUCGAACGAUUCACUCGGAACUAAAAUCACCAGUAGCUCAGACUCAGGAAAGGGAACGAAGGAGUCGGCAGCAAAAAGCUCUAAAGGAUCGUUGGGCAAGAAAGGUAAAGACAACGGCGAUGGAAGGCACAAGAUGGGAACAGAGAAAAUCACUAGUGCUUUAUGUGCUGUUAUGUAAGCGCUGUUGUGGUAGUUACCAUAACCAAUUUGAAUUUGUAAGGCAUGUGAAAUUACCAAUUGGAGAUAUAUAUUUUUAUAGUGGGUUUCUCUGAAAUCGUUUCUGCCAUUUGGUAAUGCAAUUGGCUUUCCUUGAUUAAGAGUUCGCAGUAAACACUCGUACACACCCCGCACAUACAACAUUCAUUUUUUCGUCUUUACACCGAAGAGGUUAAGUUUUCUCCAGUGACCUGAAUGCCCCUUCAAAAUCCACAAAUCAUUCACUCAUUACGUCAUCAACCCGUUUCACUCUUAAGAUUUGAUUAGUAGUUCUCCCAUCCAGCUACCAUACAUUUCAUUGUAAAUUGGUAAGAAGAAUUUGAUCACUGAUCAAAUAAUUGAUCAGUAAGAAGAAUUUGAUCACUUCUGAUCACUUGUUGCGCUAGCCUCAUUGGUUCAGUGUAGAAUGAUCUCGAUCAUUCAUAAAUUAUUAUGAAAUUAUUAUUAUUUUGCCAUAUCAUUUUACACAGAAAUUCUCCCCAAAUCGAGUGCAAGAUUUUUUGUAAAAAUCGUGAUCAAGUCAGCAAAAUGAUUUUAAUUAGAAAUCGUCAGAGUAUUUAUUGCUAAGGUUUUGUACAUAUUUGCUGGACAAGUAAUACUUAAUAGUACCAUUUGAUACUGGGGAACAAAAUCUUUCUCACGACGAUAAAAUGAAAAACGUGGUAAUAAUAUAUUUAAAAGUUGACCAUCGACUAUUUUUGAAACAAGUAUAUUUUAUACUUCCAAUCGUGGCUGUAAAUAUACCGUCAUCGAUAUUUAUUGAGGAAAACCCAUUUGUGGGUAUUUCAUAUUUUGUUGCAAUAAAUAAAAACAGGCUUGAAGAAUACAGUAAA